GCGGCCGCGCAACCGCCUGGCCUCUGACUAAAUGAUCAACAGUGAAACAACACUCCCCAGUCCGAGAUACAUUGAUGCAGGGAAAUCAAUGCACGGAUAAUCACACUCCGAUUUUUUUUUGGGGGGGAAGAAUUUACAUGUGGAGUGCAGUGAAAAAUGAAUCGAAAACAUAACUAUUUGGAAUAAAGAAAAAGCACCUAGUGAAUAAAUAUUUGGGAGAAUGGGAGUGGGUGAUUUUGUUGUGCCCUGUGAGGUGUUUGAGGAGAGGGGUGGUGUUUAGCUGAAGGUUUGAGAAUGUGAUUCCUGACAGGAGAGUGCGGGAACAGCUGCUGGAGCUGACCUAUCUUAGCCCCUGAUGUGAUGGCGAGGAAACCCCGUUAGGCAGGCGCUCUUCAUGACGGUAAAGAGUUGUACCCAGCUGAGACGUGGCGUGAUGUGGGUAUGGAGCAGCCUCUGGCAGAAUCGACGCUGCAAUAGGGGAGUGAGAGACGCUUAAAGCAAGAGGCGCACCCCAGGCGUUCUAUGAUGUCGGCUCAUGCAGUUGACAUGGAUGAUGAAGAUGGGCGUUGUCUCCUAGAUGUAAUAUGUGACCCUCAGGCCCUCAAUGACUUCCUGCACGGUUCAGACCAGCUUGACGGUGAGGAUCUCCUGGACACGAACGCUGAUCCAGCCAGUGCUUUCUUCACCGAUGCCUCGCUCAAUGUACAGGAUGCAUCGGUGAACCACCUGAACAGUGGCCAGCCUCCCAGCUCCAGCGGCGCUGUUGACCUGGACUUCCUGGAGGAUGAUAUCCUGGGGCCGAGCUCGGCCUCGAACCUGCCCGGCUCAGCAGAGCCAUGCGACAUUCUUCAGCAGAGCCUGCAAGAGGCCAACAUCACCGAGCAGUCACUGGAGGAUGAUGCGGGGCUGGACAUUGGGUCGCUGCAUUUCUCCUCGUUGCAGCCAGUGUCGCAGGGGGCUGAGGCGGCGCAUCUGUUUGCCGGCAGCACGGAGCUGAUGGGGCUGCAACAACAGCCGUCCGCAGUGCUGGCACAGCAGACCCUGAUCCAGCAGCAAACCAUCGCUGGCCAGGUGGUGAACAAGGCUAUCAACAUCCAGCCUUUCCUGCAGCAGGUGGGACUGGGCAACGUCACCCUUCAGCCUGUGUCCAACAUCCAGGGUCUGCCCAACGGGAGCCCCUCCGGCACGCUGGGCAUCGGCCAGAUCCAGGUGGUCGGUCAGUUGUCCAGCCAGCCGGUCAUGGCCCAGCAGAUCAUCGGCAAGGCCGGGCAACCCACGGUGACCACAGUGCCGGGAGUCAGUUACAUCUCCUCACCCGCAUCUGAGCAGCAAGUGUCCGCGGUGUCACCCACCAACGCCAGCCUGGUGCUGCAGAAGAAUGCCGGUCCCAACGCGCACAACGGCAACUCUCUGUUUGCAGGGCAGGCGGGGGUGCGUCCCGCAUCUGGCCCCACACUCAUGCAGGCACAGCUGGCUGGCCCCAACGUCAUUGUCCAGCGCACCCCAACACCCAUUCAGCCCAAGCCCAGUGCCAGCUUAGUGCAGCACAAACUCUUCCAGAUCAGCUCCAAGCCCUUCUGCCCGUCCUCCGCAGCCCUGUCCCUGCAGGCCGAUGCUCCACUGCAGCAGUCGCAGGCUCCGCAGCAGAAAGCCCAGCCUAACGUCGCAUUCAUGGCCGGCAAACCGGGCCAGAACGUGGUAUUCUCUGCCUCGGGGCCCGGCUUCUCCUCGGGGGUAUUCAAGCCACAGCAAGCCCCCCCGCAAGCCUUCGGCAAGCCGCUGAGCCUGCAGCUGCAAGGGGGCAGCAUCGUCAUACAACCGCAGCACAUGCACCAGGCCAUGCUGCAAGGCCAGAAUCAGUUCCUGUUGCAGGGGCAGCUUACGGGCGGACAACUCUCCCAGCAGCUGUCUGCUCUGGCACCCGGGGUGGGGGGGCAAAUCCUCACAGCUCAGCCCACGGGCCCCUCACCCAACACCACUCACAUCAUCACCAACCAGGGGCUACCCGCACAGAUCCUCACCAACCAGGGCCUAGCCGGGCAAAUCAACCUGGGCCAAGUGAUUGCCCAGAAUGCCCACGGGGCCACGCACAUUCUGUCCGGCCCCAUCCAGCUGCAGGCAGGACCUGUGGGGCCCUCCACCGUCUUCCAGAUGCCUGUCUCGCUGGCUGGCGGCCUGGGGCCGCAGGGCACCGGGUCAGGGACCGGGUCUGCUGUCAUCCAGGGAGUGGCCAUGCCUGGUCAGCCCACCGUGCUGGGGGCCGGAGUAGGCGAGGCCCAGGCUCAGGCUCAGGCCGGGAAUUCCGCAACCACCACCAGCCUUGUAGCCCUGGGCAACGGGCAGGGAUCACUGCUGACCGUGCAGAGCCCUGGCCCUCCACUGACCCCGGGGACCCAGGCCGGCAGCACCAGCACUGCACCCACCGGCAAGAUCGUGGUGGCCCCAUCGGGGCCGGCAGCCGCUCAGGACACCACACAGGUCUUCUUCCAGCAGCAGGAACAGAGGCAGCAGCAGCUUUACCAGGCAGCUCUGAAACUGCAGCAGGAGCGAGGAUUGAACCAGCCGCCCCACAGCCUAGCCCCCACCAUCACCACCAGCAGCGUGCCCGCCUCUGUCAUCGUCAGCAGCAGCCUGGGCCUGGCAUCCGGCCCCAUCCCCGAUGCCAAGGGACACGCACCACUGCCCACACUGCCCGUCACACAUUUCCAGCACACCCUGCCUGGUCAGAUGGCUGCAGGGCAGCAGAAGACGCCAACAUCGCAGUCUCCUGCCCCCCAGGCUACAGGGAGCGACGGGCAGCUCCACAUCCAGAUGUCAUCUCCCCAUCAGUCGCGCCCCCCUUCCCAACCCCAGCCCUUGUCCCGCCCCCCCUCCCGGCCCCAGUCCCGCCCCUCCUCCCAGCCGCAGCCCCUGUCCCGCCCCCCCUCCGAGCCCCUGUCCCGCUCCUGCACCCCGUCUCAGCUACCCCUGCAACCCCUCUACGUCAUCCAGACCCAGUUGCAGUCUCCCCCUCAACCCACCCACCCCAUGCGCCCCCCCUCGCAGCCACACCUGCAGAUGCAGUUCCAGAAUGCUGUAGCCCCUCCCCAGGUGACCCCCCCUCCCUCCCACAGCCAAGCCGAGGCCCAGACCCCUCCCCACCUCCAGCCCCCCUCGCAGCCCCUCACCGAGGGCCCCCCACCCCAGGCACACGUGCAGCUGCAGCUGCAUUGCUCCCCACACCCACAGCCUCCCUUGCAGCCCGUCUACCAGACGGUCACUCUGACCGCCGAGCAGCAGCAGAGGUUCCAGAUGGUGACCAGUCAGUUACAGACCAUGGCCACACACCCCAACCCCAGUCCCCAGCACAAGACCAUGAUGGAGAAGCUGCAACAGAUGCAACACAGCAUCAUCCUGCAGGCCAAGCCGGGCAGUGGGCAGACUGGCCCAGGCCCUACGCCACUGACCAGCACUCCGCCCACCAUGCUGCUCUCCGGGCAGGGGCAGUCGCCCGGACCCCAGCCCCACCCCAUUCCCACCACCUCCACCCCCACCGGCCUGAAGCCCCUGCCCCAGGGAGCGGGUCAGGUUGCUCUCGCCUCCCUCCUGCAGCAAACCUCCGUCCUCAUCAAGACCACGGCAGGUACCACGGCCACAACCCGCUCUACGGACAGCAAGGUCAUCGCGGGGCCAAACUCGGCAUCUGCCGGUCACCUGCAGCAAGGAGCAGCUGUGCCGUUGCAGAUUAAACCUCUUGUGCAGCACCAGAUGCAGCCCUCGCUGCAGACCAAGACGGGGGUGAUCAGUUCGAUCUCAGGUCUGAACAUGAGCCUGUCCAAAGGGCCGAUCCAGAUCCAGCUCCUGGGGAAAGGAUUGACGCAGCUGGUGCCCGCAGGAACUGUGAGUGCCCACCAGAUGGAGAGUAAACUGGGAAGUUUGAAGACAUCCUUGACGCCCCAGCCCCCGAAGGAGUCCAUGCUGUUGGAGCGACUACGUGGAGAUCAGGAUGGCGUGCUACAACCCAACUGCAAGUCUCCAUUUCGGACUCACCAUGACACGUUGAGCCGGCUGCUGCCCUACCACCUGUACCAGGGAACGCUGCCCUCUGUGGACGAACACAGGAAUGUGGACGAGGAGUUUGAAGCCGUCUCGACACAGUUACUGAAGCGGACACAGGCCAUGCUACACAAGUACCGAAUGCUGCUGUUUGAGGAGGCCAGGCGGCUGAGUCCCUCGGCAGAGAUGGUGAUGAUUGACAGGAUGUUCAUCCAGGAAGAGAAAACCUCCCUCUCCACAGACAGACAACUGGCCAAAGACAAACCAGAUGAGUAUGUGGCCUCGUCGUCACGGUGCCACAACCUGCCCACCUCGUCUUCCCCGCCAUCCUCCUGCUCGUCGCUGCAGGAACCGCUGCGGCUGCCGUUGGUGGCGAGCUCGACGCCGGUCCACGGAACCAAGCUGGUGAUCAAGCAGUCGGGAGGGUCCCCGUGUGUGUCGUGGGCACGUGUGGGAGGUGGGCCGGAGGGGGGAGACGACGACACCUUGCACACACGCAGCCGCCCGCCUCCCAUGAAGACAUACGAGGCUCGCAGUCGCAUUGGUCUAAAGCUGAAGAUUAAGCAGGAGGCGGGUCUGAGCAAGGUGGUGCACAACACGGCACUCGACCCAGUACACCAACCGGUCAGCUCGGUCAUCCGCAGCACCGAGUGUCCAGCGGUCAGCGCCACUGCCCGGCAGCUCAACGGGGGCCUGGACCACCACGCCUCUCCCUCGCCCACCGAUCCCCACCCCCACCCCCCCACAGCCCAAUGCAAGCUGCCGCCCAGGAAGAGCCUACGCGAGGCACCGCCCAGCGGUCGCAGUGCCGCUGACCCUCCGGCCAGCUCCGGCCAACCGGACGACGGGCGCAAGGACGGACGCAGGGACGUGCUGGCCAAGUGUGAGCCCACUCCCGCCGGCCCCAGGCAGAGGACAGGCAGGGGCAGGGCGGAGGGGGGGGGCAGGAAAACUCGGACACAUGCCCACCCCCCACCUGCCCGUUGCGAGGAGCCCCCUGGGAGCAAGGAGGGCGAGGGGGGGCUGCGGGCAGCGCCGGAGGAGCUGGUGAGAGGCAUCAUCAAGGCCGAGCCCACCGAUGGCUCUUGGGAACUGGCCCUGCCCCCUCCAAAGAGGACCAAGUGCGAGUCGUUCGACAUGGACAACGCUAGCUUCUCCAGCGAUAGCCCCCAGGACGACACGUUGACAGAACACUUGCAGAGCGCCAUCGAUAGCAUCCUCAAUCUCCGGCAACCCCAGUCAUCCCUGGCUCCCCCUGUCUCCUCACCCUACCACGCCUCCGAGAUUAGCUCGCCCUUCUCCCCAACCACACACUCGGACACCUACCUUGCACCCAAUCGUAACGGUGGCCUUGGAGCUAGGACUUACACCAGAUGACUGGAGUACUGCUACAUCCCAACGUGCAGUAGCCAACAGAGGCACGGCGCUAACAAGAUGGUAUCCCUCUGUGUACCGACCUAAACAUUGCAUCCCAGAGAACAUGUCAUGCUUCUAGCAGAAGAUGCGGUGACAAGCCCCUGGUGUAGCUCUGAUGUGAUGGGAUGGCCAACCCUCACCUUGAGGUUAGCAACUAUUCCAGGGGUUGGGUGGAGACCAUACCUUUGUGUUGAAGACCUAAAGGUGUUGGGAGCUGAAGGGUGAUGAUUUCAAAUAGCUCACUAGAUGAUUGACCAAUGUACCUUAACCAAAAAAACAAAUCCACAUCCAAAUGUUUUGGUGUCUUCCUCUGGUCUCCUCCAGUCCAUUGUCACCAUGGCAUUGGGUUGGUGGCUGUGACAGACCCCAAAGUGCCUGGUCCACGAGUGAAAUGGUAUCUCCUUCACUUGCCCCGUGGCUCAGGGGUGCCCCCGCCCCAUGCCACCAAAGGACGAGAGAUCAUCGUGGCACCGUUACUUGGAUGAACCCAGUUUGGCACAGGCAUUGCCCGGAAAUCUAUUAUUUUUAAGCCUCACCAUGUUUUCUUUUGAACCGUUAAGAACAUUUCCUGCCAGCCUUGCCCCUGAUGUUGACAUCACUUCCCCACCCCAUUGUGUGCCACAGAUUGAUCCUCAGUAUUGCCAUUGAGCCUUUGAACAGUGAGGGACAAUGUAAAUGUCCCAUGUAAUGUUCCAACCUCUCUCAAAGCCUUGUCGUUCAGGGGCGAUAUCUCGCUGCCAUUCCCACCAGUCUUUGCUAAACUUCAUCUUCAGUACAAUCUCUGUGUCUGCAAUUGGUUACCUGAUCAAUCUCCCUCCUUUGUACUGAUCAUUACCUAGGUGGUGACCAGAUUUCAAUCGGUGUGGACACUUGGUCAACGUUUAUGUACCCACCAUCUCACCUGGAGAGGGAAGAUGAACCUUUACCUGAUUCCCCAGUUGUGCAUCACUGCCCGAUGAGGAUUGACCCAGACGGCUGGCUCAGUCCCCAGACCAGUCCACCCAGCUGGCUGGCUCAGUCCCCAGACCAGUCCACCCAGACGGCUGGCUCAGUCCCCAGACCAGUCCAUCCACAGGUAUUUCUCAGCAGUGGGUGUAGUGGAGUCUGUGGUGUUCCUUGGUCCUGGGUCACAGAGAGAGAGGCCCAUUGUGUCGUGCGUAAUGAUGGUUCCCAGCACAUGCGCCCGUUAGAGGCAGGGUCGGGGAGGCAGGGUCAGGGAGGGCAGGGUCGAGGAGGCAGGGUCGGGGAGGUAGGCCUGAGGGUAUAGAACGUGUGCUGUCUGUGGAGGCCAAAUAGAAGGGUGGGGAUUCUGGAUCUGGGCUGUGAUUCGAUGUGGUGUAACACGGGUGGGACAGCUGGGGAGUAAUGGGCCGAGUGGACUUUGCAAGCCUGUGUUAGCAGCGAGUUACCAUGCUGUUGCUAUUUGUGUUGGUAUCUUUCUGCCUGAGUGAUCUAUCUGAAGAAAUGUUUUGUUUGACUGCAUUCCCAAGAACCAUGCAGUCAGUAAAAUAUAUUUAUGGGAGGGAAGUGGAUGCAGGGGGAAUAUUACUAUCUACUUUUUUAAUUUAACAAUUAUGCAGAAUUCUGUAGCCCUUUAUUUUCACGGAAUAACAAUGGGUUGUGGACGGGGUUCGCCAGGGAGUUGUCUCUGGCCACACACCGCACCACCGGUCAGUGCUAGUGUCCACUCACCACUGGUCAGUGGCAGAGUGCCUCCUGUAUCUGUGCCCACACUGUCCCAGUCUCAGCAGUGGUGUGGGGAUGGGAUGGGUUGCAGCUCUGGGGCACGGGGAACGUGUACCCACAUCUGAUGCAAGGUCAUGGAGAACAGACUCAUCACAGUGUUGAUGCAUGCACACAGGGCUGCCCUCCCUCCUGUCAGUGUGUGUGUGUGUGUUUGGUUCGCUGCCUCGCUUGCAUGCAUCUCUCGAAUGUGUGAAUGUGUCCUAGUGUGUUUCUCCCUCUCCCUCCCUCCCCCCCCCCCCCCCCCCCCCCGUUUGUGUGACUCUUUCUCUCUCUGUCCGUGUCUGUGUGUGUGUCUCUCUCACUGUAUGUUCACACACGUCCCUCUGCUGAUAUUCUGUGGAUGUUUCUGAAGCUGCAUCUUGGUGACAUGGAUAAGCCAUUAGUGUUCAUUAAUGUCAAACACCUACCCCUCUAUACCCCCUCCACCCCCUCCCCCUCCAUACCUCCAUCCCCCUCCAUACCUCCAUCUCCACCCCCCCUCCCCCUCCAUCCUCCACCCCCUCAGAUCCACGGUGAUUUGUAUUCUGUACUUACAAAGGAAAAUGGGGAGAAUGUUGUUAAUGAUGUUGGAUAAAGGAUUGGAUUUGGAAUGAAGAUUUGUCCAGAGGACUUGCUUGGGAAGGGGCAGUUAUGGUUUUUGCAAAUGUCUUUUUUAAACGUUGGGAACUUCAAAGUAAUGUUUAAAUGCGGGGGAGGGGAGAGUUUAGAUGCGGGGGAGAGAGAGAGAGAGAUGCUUCACAUUUGGUUUGGUGAGUAUCCCGCCGUGCAAUGUCUAGAAAGCACCAUUGUGAAUGUUGGUCAUGUUUUGUUUUGCACUUGUGGGUGGGAUCAUGUCGUACAGUGCCAACAUACGGAAGCAAAAAAAACUCCAACUUCUGUUACAUUUUCUACUUGAAUGAGAUAUAAAAAUAUUUUUCCUGUUGCAGUUUUUUAAAAUGUCAGCAUUAUCGCCUGGAGUUUGAAAGUACAUUUGCAUCUUUGCAGAAUGGCAGUAUUUUGAAGCAGUGUUUCUUUGAUGUGCCAGUCCCCUUGUUGAGCAGUAAGUGGGUU